AUGGCUCCUCCUGUGCCUCCUUUCACGCUCGAAACGGCCGAGAAAAAGGUCAAGGCAGCCCAGGACGCGUGGAACACAAAAGACCCUGUCACUGUCGUUCCGGCCUACACGGAUGACUGCAUCUGGCGCAACCGGGACCAUUUCCUCCGUGGCCACGAGGAGAUGACGCGCUUCUUGCAGGCCAAAUGGGAGCGUGAGCUCCACUAUUGCCUCCGCAAAGAGCUCUUCGCCUUCACCGACAAUCGCAUUGCCGUGCAGUUCUGGUACGAGUACCAGCUCGCGCCCGCGCACGCAGCGGCUGCCGGUCUCGCCCCGACCCAGUGGUUCCGCUGCUACGGGCUCGAGGACUGGACCUUUGCCCCCGACGGCCGCAUGCGCAAGCGCAUGAUGAGCGCCAACGACGUCGCCAUUGCCGAGGCCGACCGCUGGUUCCGCGAUGGUGUCGAUGUCAACACGGUCCCCAUCGCGGAGAAGCACUGGUAG